CUCUCACAAAUGCAGUGAACACCGCCCCGAGAGGAAGCAUCGAAUGCACUACAUCCCCAAGAUCAGAGGAUCCCAGAGGAUCCCAUCGUAAACCGUUAACCAUUAACCGUUAACCGAUAACCCCGUAGGAGAAUAUCUAUCUAUCGUCCAGGAAAACGUGAUCGCGCAGUGAUCGUGAAGUGAGGAACGGCGCCCCCCACUUGUUUAUAUAAUAAUCAGCGGCUGCCAAGAGCCAAAAGUCAAAUACCGAAAAAGUAUAUUCAUUUCUGGCCGAUCCGAUUCUUUUCAGGCAACGAAAACGAAAAAACAAAACGAGAAAUAUCUCUUGUUGUUGUGUGUGUAAUUGUUGUACCAGUGAGUGCCAGUGCGUGUCAGUGGAUCGAUCCGGAGAGGAGAACGAACCAAGUGAAAGUGCUCCAAAGAAACCGCAAGAAAAACGAGUCAAAACCCCAGGCUAAGCCAAGAAAAUCCCCACAAAUCCUGUCUAAUCAUGUCGGACAUUGAGGAUGUCUUUGGUGGCUCCGCCGAGGAGGCCAAGCCCAAGCCGGACGCGGAUGUGGAUGCGGCUGCGGAAGCCAACGCCAACGCCGAUGCCGAAAGCAAGAGCAGCGUCGUCACCGAACGGACCGAGGAGGUCAUUCCUGGGGAGACCGAGAAAAUGAUCACCGAGACCAUCGACGAGGACGGAGACGUUGUCGAGGAGACAACUGAAGUCACCCGCAAGACGGUCAAGAGAACCAUGAAAAUCACUGAGACUUCAGCCACCACAAAGACAACCACGCUCACGACGCCCGCCAAGCUGUAUGGCAAGGAUCUGAGCGAGUACGAUGAUGUGGAUGUGGAGAGCCUGCUGGCCCAGCUCUCGCCUGAAGAGAUCACCAUACUGGCCAAAGAGGUGGAUCCUGAUGACAACUUCCUGCCGCCUGACCAGCGCUGCAGCUACGAGUGCAGCAAGGAUGCCACCGGGCCGCUCAAUCGCAAGCAGCUGAUCGAGCACAUCAACAAGCAGGCCAUCGAGACGCCCGACGAGCCCGAGUUCGAGCCGUAUGUCCAGGGCAAGGUGCGCGGCAAGAAGUGGGUGCCCCCGCCGAGGGAUGCCCGCGAGAUCGAGGCCGAGGAACAGAUCGCCAUCGACAUGGGCGACGAGUACGAGCACGCGCUGAACGACGCCACGCAGGAAGAGAUCAUCGAUCUGGCCGCCAUCCUGGGCUUCCACUCGAUGAUGAACCAGGACCAGUACCACGCCUCGCUGCUCAACAAGGGCCAGCCCGUGGGCAUGGGCUGGGACGGCAUCACAAAGUCCACGCAGCAGAAGCUCUUCCCCAUGGACCCGCCCAACGCCACCGAUGUGGAGGAGUCGAUCAAGCGCGUCAAGGACGACGACUCCAAGCUGGUCGACUUGAACUUGAACAACAUAAAGAACAUCUCGGACGAGAAGCUCGAGCAACUCUUCGCCGCACUGCCUCAGAACGAACAUCUGGAAGUCCUCUCGCUGACAAACGUCGGCCUGACUGACAAGACAGCUCUCCUGCUCGCGGAGGCGAUCGAGAAGAGCAAAACCCUGAGAGUAUUAAACGUCGAGACCAACUUCAUCAGUCCGCCCGUGAUUGUGAAGCUGGUGCAAGCCCUGCUCAAGUGCCACACCAUCGAGGAGUUUAGGGCCUCCAAUCAGCGAUCUGCGGUGCUGGGCAACAAGAUCGAGAUGGAGAUCACCGAUCUGGUGGAGAAGAACCCCUCGCUGCUGCGACUCGGCUUGCAUCUGGAGUUCAACGAUGCCCGCCACCGCGUGGCCGCUCACCUCCAGCGCAACAUCGACAGAAUCUUCCGCGUCCAGAAGCUCAAGCCGCAGCUGCCGAAGCUGAUAUUGCCCGGCAACAUGGAGAUCGAGCGCGAGAGCCAGUAUCCGGUCUCGGCCACGCCCACGCCGUCGCCCUCGCCAUCGCCACAACCGCCGCCGGACUACGAUGUGGAGGUCGAUCCCGACAACAUGGUCAUCCGCGGCGGCGGCGGUGGCGAUGCCUUCGAUCCGGAAUUCGACCCGGACAACAUGGUGGUGCCCGGCAGUCGGUCCGUCACGCCCAACUACGACGACGAGGGCGUCUAUCAAGCGCACACUAAGAAAAGAUCUUGAGUUGCGACUACAGUUCAGAUUUUUCAAUAAUCUGCAUAGAAAAUCGACAAGAAUUCAAUAGGAGAUCAGCAUCAACCAAAGAAAUCAAACUAAAACUAAACCUAAACCAUUUUUAAAGCGUUUUGUAAUCUAAAUAUAACGAAAGAAAGAAAGAAAAUUAAGGACAGGAAAGGAAAGGAAAGAAGAGUGCAGAAAGGAAGAAGAAACCCCCCAAAAUAACAACGAAAGAACGUGUAUAAAAUAAUAUAAAUAUAAAAGGAAGGAUAAAGUCCAAGUCGAACCAUAUCUGCGUACAUAUAUAUUCUAGAGAGACUCUUACUAAGCAAAAAGAAAACAAAAGCGAAGCGAAGCAAAUAAAACCCAAAGUGAAAGUGAAAUAUCAUUAUACGUACGAGUAUAUACGAGUACCAGCUUAAAAAUACAUACUAUAUCGUAUCGCGUAGAUGUUUGUUUGAAGAUAUGUUCGAGGUCGAGUCGAGUCGAGGCCUCUUCUAAUCCCAGCAGAAAUCGUUUAGGCGAUCCACAUUUGUACGUGUUACGUGUAUAAUUUUCUCUAAUGCUUAACACAGGAAUUAAACUGCGAUGUAUGAUCUAAGUGAAUCCCCCACCAUCACCAGAACCAAAGAGACGAACCCGUUAACAAUUAAAAUACUCAAAGUAGCGAACAUAAUAGAAUGUUUGACACAAUUUCAUAAUUCAAUAAGAACAACUAACAGUAGCAGGAGCAGCAGCAGCAGCAACAACAACAGCAGCAGCCUCAUCGUGUGUCCUUCGCCGAACAGUUGUACGCGUGAAACGUCUGAAUCAGCGUAAAUAAAAAGACAACACAAAGAGCAGCAACCAAGCAACCAACCAACCAGCAACCAGCAACACGAUGCCACAUGAAACCAAGAACAGAAAUAAAGGCAGAAAACCAUCUCUAUGUGUGUGUUGUGUGUCUUUGUUUUUCCAGCUUCUGAUUACCACCAUAUUCUGAUUAACCAACCAACCAACAAACAAACAAACAGCCACCCAAGCACAAGUACAACAAGAACCACACCACCAGCUUCAAGAAAAAGAACUACACUGGCAUCCCAUCCGAACCGAAGAACAAUGCCACACAAGUCCAAGUUCAAUUUAAAAGUCCCCACCAAAACAACCCAAACCCCGAAA